AUGGCUGCAAAUGACGUGCCUUGUUGUGAGACUAUGUUCUGGGUUUAUCUAGUCAUAUGUGUGGCUCUUGUGUCUUUUGCCGGCCUCAUGUCAGGCCUCACUCUGGGACUCAUGUCCCUCAGUUUAGUUGAUCUUGAGGUCUUAAUGAAGGCUGGCCAGCCCGAAGACCGAAAGAAUGCAGCAAAGAUUUUGCCCAUUGUUAAGAAUCAGCAUCUUCUACUAUGUACUCUCCUCAUAGGCAACGCCUUGGCAAUGGAGGCCUUGCCCAUUUUCUUGGAUGCACUUCUUCCAGCUUGGGCUGCUAUAUUGAUAUCAGUCACCCUCAUUCUUGCCUUUGGUGAGAUUAUUCCUCAAGCUGUGUGUUCUCGGUAUGGACUGACUGUUGGUGCAAAACUGUCUGUUGUGGUUCGGUUGAUCGUUAUUGUUCUCUUUCCUUUAUCUUAUCCCAUUAGUAAGUUGCUGGAUUGGCUCCUCGGCAAAAGACAUUCUGCACUUCUUCGGCGGGCAGAGCUCAAGACACUGGUAGACAUGCAUGGAACUGAGGCAGGAAAAGGUGGAGAGUUGACACAUGAUGAAACAACAAUUAUCAAUGGAGCUUUAGACAUGACACAGAAGACAGUCAAAGAUGCAAUGACCCCAAUUUCUGAGAUAUUUUCACUUGAUAUAAAUUCUAGAUUGGAUGAGAAAACGAUGGGACUAAUAAUAAGCAAAGGACAUAGUCGCGUGCCUAUCUACUCAGGAACCCCCAAAAAUAUUAUUGGCCUUAUUUUGGUGAAAAAUUUAUUCACGUAUCGUCCUGAAGAUGGAACCACGAUUAGAGAUCUUACUAUUCGGAAAAUUCCUAGGGUGCAGGAUCGUGUACCGCUCUAUGAUAUACUAAACCAAUUUCAAAAGGGUCACAGCCACAUGGCCCUUGUUGUUAAGAAUGAUAUUCGGGAACCUGCAGAAAUUGCAAAAGCCAUGCCUAGCGUCUUAGAGAUAAAUAUUCAUUCAAAUUCAAAACAGGAUCAAGCAGAGCUAAAAGGAAGUGGUCAUCAUUUUGAUCAAAAUGAGAAGCUCGAUGUCUAUAUAAAUUCACCCUCUGUGAAUUCUAGCGACACUGAUAUUCAAAGUUCAAUAGUAAAUAAUACCAAUUUGCCUGUGUACUUGAAGAGAUGGGAACGACGUUAUGUAAAUCUUUCUAAAGAAGAAUUGGAUUCUCUUCCCAUUUUAAAUGAAGAGGUCACUGGAAUCAUAACACUAGAGGAUGUUAUGGAGGAACUGCUACAGGAAGAAAUACUUGAUGAGACUGAUGAAUACGUUGAUGUCCACAGCAAAAUUAGAAUCAAUAUGCCAGCUUCUCAAAUAUCACCUCCUGGAGGGGCGUUUGCUUCUCGUCAAUGGAGAACUCCUGCGGCAUCCGCACUUUCUCCAUUAUCUUCAUAUAAUCAUUCUCCAAUUCUGCGUUCACCAGUCUCACCAUAUAUUCAAUCACCAUUUACAAGACCAACUCUAUCUGCAUCCCCCGGAAAACUUACGCCUGAUUCUCCAAUUAUACCUGCAAGCACCGCUCGCUAUUCACCAUCCUUGCAAAGGGUUUCAAGAAAAUCAUAUGACAAGCUGAGAAGGCCAGAGGGUAGUUUUGGAAAGAAUAAUAGUGAGAAUCUUGGUGGCAGUUGGGGUACCAUUGGCUACUGGUAUAGCAUUGCUCAACUUAUUUGGUGUGGUGAAGGAGCAAAAGUUAUGGGAUGUGCCAUUAUGGCUUCCACUGUUGACAACUUUCAUAACUUUUGGAAUGUCUGCACUUGGGAUUGCUUAUGGGCCACUUUCUACCAGCUGGGAUGAAGAGAGGAAGGGUUCUGUGCUUGGACUAGAAGAAGUUAAGCAGAAUUGGGUUGAGAUGUGGAAAGAAGAAAAUGAAGAUAUCUGAAGAAUUGAAAGAUUAAACAUUAUGCAAUUGUAGAAUUGAAAAAGAAAAAUUGAAUGUAAUGUGUCUUACACCUUUUUCUGAAACAUA